UCAAAUAAAACACUAAUUAAUCACCCAUUAAUCCAAAUCUUUAAUUGAGUUUAACUAAGUUAAUUAAUUAAUUAAUUAAUUAAUUAAUUUUCAUUUCUUUCUUUCGAAGAAUGAAUAAUAUUAUGCUUAAACCAAAUACAGAGAUAUUCAUCUUUGUGUAGAAUCUUCUUAAAGAGAAAGAGAGAGACUCACUCACUCACUCAAUCAAUCCCCAAUUCGAUUCGAUUUUUCUGAAAAUGGAGGAGGAGACAUCGCCGUCGCGGUCGCCGUCGCAACUGCAACCGGAGCAUCAAAAGAAAGAAGUGAUUCGAUUAGAGCGGGAGUCCGUUAUACCGAUUCUGAAGCCUAAAUUGAUCAUGACCUUGGCUAACCUCAUAGAACAUAGUAAUGACCGGGCUGAGUUUUUGAAGCUGUCUAAGAGAAUUGAGUACACCAUUCGUGCCUGGUACCUUCUUCAAUUCGAGGAUUUGAUGCAAUUGUAUGCACUCUUUGAUCCUGUACAUGGAGCUCAGAAAUUGCAGCAACAAAAUCUCUCUGAAGAUGAAAUUGAUCUUCUUGAACAAAAUUUCCUUACAUAUCUAUUUCAGGUGAUGGAGAAGAGUAAUUUCAAGAUUGCUACUGAUGAUGAGAUUGAAGUGGCACUUUCUGGUCAAUAUCUUCUCAAUCUUCCUAUCACUGUUGACGAUUCUAAACUUGACAAGAAGCUUCUAAAGAAAUAUUUUCAGGACCAUCCUCAGGAAGACCUUCCUGAUUUUUCUGAUAAGUAUGUAAUCUUUAGACGUGGCAUUGGAAUUGAUCAAACAUCUGAUUACUUUUUCAUGGAGAAAGUGGAUAUGAUUAUUGGGAGAUUUUGGUCAUAUCUUUUACGAAUAACAAGGCUAAAUAAAAUUUUCUCAAGAAAGCCAGGUGGGAAACAUAAGAGGGAUCCAAAGAAGGAUGACGAGAUAAUCCCAGAUGCAGAUCAAGAAGACCUCUUUGUUGAAAGGAAGAGGCUUGAAAAUAUGGAAUUAAGUGUAGGCAAAUUGCUGAGCAAGACAACAAUCCAAGAACCAACCUUCGAUAGGAUAAUUGUUGUUUACAGGCGAUCAAGUCCCAAGGGAAAAACAGAACGAGGAAUAUUUGUUAAGCAUUUUAAAAACAUUCCAAUGGCUGAUUUGGAGAUAGUUCUUCCAGAGAAGAAAAAUCCAGGCUUAACUCCGAUGGACUGGGUCAAGUUCCUAAUAUCUGCUGUGGUUGGACUGGUUGCCCUUGUUAGCUCAAUCGAAACGCCUAAUGCUGAUCUCUUCGUCAUGUUUGCUGUUAUUUCUGGUGUGAUUGGUUACAUUGCUAAGACAUACUUCACUUUUCAGGCAAAUAUGGCUGCUUAUCAGAACUUAAUUACUCAGUCGAUGUAUGACAAACAACUAGAUAGCGGGAAGGGUACACUUCUUCACCUAUGCGAUGAUGUCAUUCAACAGGAAGUCAAGGAAGUAAUUAUUUCAUUCUUCAUAUUGAUGGAACAAGGAAAAGCAACCAGACAGGAUCUGGAUCGGUGGUGUGAGGAACUAAUCAAAGAAGAGUUUGGUGAAAGCUGUAAUUUUGAUGUGGAUGAUGCUGUUCAAAAGUUAGAAAAGUUGGGAAUUGUUGCUCGGGAUUCUGUUGGAAGAUUUUACUGUGUUGGGUUGAAACGCGCUAACGAGAUCAUCGGAACCACCACCGAGGAGCUCGUCUUGAAGUUCAAACAUGGCAGUGCUACAUGAAUUGGAGCUGCUUACGGAGUCACAAGAAAAAUGACUAAAAAUUAGUUGAGAGAUGUUAUGAAGAAACGAAAUCAUAAUUGGUUCAAUGUGGAUUAUUACUAUUGUGUUAUGUUGUGUGUGUUGUACAUGUUUUUAGUUUUAGUAAUUGUAAUUUUAAACAAUGAAUUAAGUUUUUUUUUUCAAUCUCUUCUAUAUGCAUAUAUAUUGUUUUUCAGUCAAA